UCCCGUGCAUUUCAGGGCUCGGGCCAUCGCGGUGCUGAGCCGAUUCGGCUCACUCACCCUGCAUUUGCGAGACGGUCACGGGCCAAAGGAGGACAGGGCCACGCACAGCAAUAGUUUUCAGCCCCCUGUGACAACAGUCUCUGUUGAUGGCUGUUUUGCAGCGUGCCAGCGCCAUGCAGCCGGCAGCCGGCAGCUUCCCCGCGGACGAGGAGCCACUGAUGGCAGAGCCGUCGGUGAACAGAAGCUGCCGGCAGAGACCCACAGACCGCUUCGGUGGGGCCUACGUUAUUUUUUUCCUCCUGGGCGUCGGGUCCUUGCUGCCCUGGAACUUUUUCAUCACGGCAAAACACUACUGGAUGUACAAGCUGCAAAACUGCUCGGAGCAGGCAGGCCCUGUGGGACAGGGCUCGUCGGAUCUGCGGGACUAUUUUGAGAGUUACAUCUCCAUUGCUUCAACUGUGCCCUCGGUGCUGUGCCUGAUCGGAAACUUCUUGCUCGUCAAUAAGGUACCCGCCAGUGUCCGGAUCCUGUCGUCCCUUUUCAUCAUGCUGGCUGUUUUCCUGGUCAUCACAGUGCUGGUGAAGGUCGACACUUCCACUUGGACCAUCCACUUCUUUGCCCUCACCAUCACCUGUGUGGUCAUCGUGAGCAGCGCCUCGACUGUCUUCAGCAGCAGCAUCUUUGGGCUGAGCAGUCGCUUCCCCAUGGAGAACUUGCAGGCACUGAUCUCGGGUCAGGCCAUGGGUGGCACCAUCAGCGCCAUCGCCUCUGUGAUGGACCUGGCGGCAGCAUCCGCGGUCACAGACAGUGCCCUGGCCUACUUCCUCACUGCCGACAUCUUCAUUGUCAUCUGCAUCACGGUGUACCUCCUCCUGCCCAGGCUGGAGUACUCCAGGUAUUACCUGAGCAGCCAGCAGGAGAGCCCAUCUCUGGGAGCCGUGCUGCCUGACAGCUCUGUGGAGGACAAGGCACAACCAGGAGACACUGCAAACACUCCCUUCCUCAGAAAGAGCACUGGCAUCCCCCCAGUCUGGCCCAUCCUUCAGAAGACUGCCCUUCUCGGCUUCUGCCUCUUCUAUGUCUUCUUCAUCUCCAUCAUCAUCUUUCCGUCUCUCUCCUCUAACAUUGAGUCAGUCAGCAAGUCCUCAGGAAGCCUGUGGAGCACUAAGUACUUUGCGCCACUCACCAGUUUCCUCCUGUACAACUUUGCCGACUGGUGCGGGAGGCAAAUCACUGCCUGGAUCCAAGUGCCCGGCCCCAAGAGCAAGCUACUGCCUGUCCUUGUCCUCCUCAGGACAGUUUUCGUCCCCCUCUUCAUUCUUAGCAACUACCAACCCCGGGCUCACAUCCAGACAGUGGUCUUCAACCAAGAUGUCUACACAGUGGUCUUCACGGCACUGCUGGGGCUGAGUAACGGCUACCUGGGGACACUGGUCAUGGUCUACGGCCCCAAGAUUGUGCCAAAAGAGCUGGCUGAGGCAGCAGGGGUGGUGAUGACCUUUUACCUCAUGCUGGGAUUGGCUGUGGGGUCUGCCUGCUCUGUUCUUAUUGUCCACCUCAUAUAGAGGAGCAGCCAGGGGGAUGCCCUUUCUUUGUGGUGCUGCUCUUGGGUAUUUAGAGUUUUUUGCCCCAAAAAGAGAGGCAUGCCGUGGUUUUGGGGCAGGCUGCUUGUCUUGGGGUGGGUUGCAUCCAUGGAGGAAGUCCUCCUUCUGGGAAUGGGUGUCCUCUGUGCUUGGGAGGUCCUUUUUCUGGGAAGGGAUGUCCUCUGUGCUUGGGAGGUCUCAUCAGAUAGUUGUCACUCCCCUGCCUCAACUGGAGCAAGCGGACCAAAAGUCUCAUCCUCCCCAGGGAGCUAAGGGAAGCACUGAGGGCACAGGGAAACCUGUCCCUCAGCCCAGUGUGCCACCACACUGGUUUGAAACCAAGCCUGGGGCUUUUGAUGGCACCUUGGGUUUUGCUGCCUCACUGUUAUGAAUUUAAGCCCUGCAGUGUUUUGGUGGUUUUGAAAGGGAUCUUUCUUCAUCAAGCUGUGAUGAUGGUGUUGGGCUGAAAGGGAUUUGAGCCCUGGAGCACCUUCAGGCAAGCUUCAGGAGCAGAUAGAAGCCAUACCAGGGAGCAGGGCACCGUUUUGGGUGGAUUUCAUACCUUCACGACACAAAAAAAACCCUCAUAUAUAAGGGAAACUCUCUCCACUAAGACUUCUUGCCUUAUUUUUUCCAGGUAAGAUUGAAUCAAGGGAUCAUUCACCUCUCAGCAUGGUGCUACUAGUGUCAGGGUGUAUGUCAUAGCCAACCUGAGACCAUUUCUCCUUCUGUGACUGGUGUGAGGGUUAUGGACAUCAACUUCCCUGUCUGCAGAUGAACCUCAAGGAAAGUGAAAUGCUAAGUGGUCCUCCUCUUGAGGUUUUUAAGGUACCUGCAGUCAGUCUUGAGAAAGGUCUAUAAAAGCCAAGGUGAGGUAUUAGAGAGACUCUGAUGGGAUGUUCCCAGCAGAAAGUUGAUGAAUUCACGUAGAUGGGCACCAUACGGUCUCCAGGUGUUUUCAGAGGGGUGAGCUAAUGUGACACCCAGAAACGUGGCCCACCCAAAGGGGACUGGCUUUUCAAGUCACUUAAAGUGCCAUAUGCAAAUGCUGAAUGCAAUGGCUGAAUUUAUUUUAUCAAACUGGGUGGGUUUAUGGUCUAGGAGAGGUGACCUGGUAAGCAAGGGUGUAAUGGCAUAACUUGGCAUUGCAGCUGAGCCCUCAGGGAUGCUCUCCAUGGAUAACACUUCCUUUAAGACUGAGUGAUUAGCAGAUCCUCCAUCAGUGGGAUGCUCUCCCAGCAUCUCCUGAUGCUGGCCUGAGCUGCCAGACCAUCCCCUUGCAGUGCAGGAUGUGGUGGUGAGCAGGAGGGAGGAUGUGGGGCUGGUGCCUUUCCACCUGUGGCCACCUUGGCUUUGCUGGGAGAACAGCAGGAUCCACGGUGCUUAUUGCCACGGAAUGACACCUGGGCUUGGUGGGUGUUGUUUUGUUCUGUAAAGUCAUUUCCAGUGAAGUUGGGCUCAUUGGCAAUAAACACACAGUUUUGCUUUACAGUUGAUUUUUAUUUAAGCAUAAAAUCCAGACAGGAGUGGAAAAUUUACAGAGUGUGUGGCACUGAGGACCAGCCUUAUGGUAUGUGACCCUGUCACUUAGGGUUGCAGCCCUUCAGCCCCCAAUGCUUGGCCACGGGCUGCUUUGGCCAGCUGAAGGGCCACCUCGGCUUGAAGGGCAGCCCAAGGGUGCUGCUGAUGGGAGUGAGCACUCCCAUUGCCUCCGUGGGCGCUGGAGCAUUGCUUGGAGUGAUGCGAUAGUCGGUUGUGGCUGAAAAGGCCGAGCCAGCCUGGUGUUGGCAACUGUAAUGUCCCUUUGUGGCCUUCAGUGCUUCUCACUUGAGUGCCUGCCACAUGGUCUGCUCUCCUCAACUCAGGCAUUUUCCCCCAGUCCUGGGCACGGUGAAUUUCUGCUCGUUUGCUGACGGCUUUGUAUCUCUGCUGCUCCUCUUCCUCCUGUUACAGACCAAAUGCCUCUUGCAGUAGGACGUAAUU